UACUUAUUUUUGAAUGCUUGCAGUAUCAUUGAUAAUUAUGGGUUUGUUAUAAUGGGUAUUAUUAAAUAAUUAUUUAAAAUAUGAGAAGGUAAAAUAAAAUAAUUUCUUUUUGAAAGAAAAUCUAAAACUGAAGUGUACUGUGGUAAACAGAAAUACCCUCUAUAAUUCAUUAAAAACAGCAGGGCUAAAAUUCAUGUGUUGGCUAUGUGUUUGCUCAUGUCAAAUAGACUGUUGUAACUCAUUGCAUUAAUUUUAGGCAUUAUGGCAAUAAACUUAGAUGGUCCUUCAAAUGCUUUGCUUUUUCAGGACCUUUGUGAAUCUUGAAGAAAAUUAAUUUUAUUUUUACCACCAUAUAUAGACAUAUCUUAGUAUUCGAAAUAUCUUUGCCCUUUAAAUUUUUGGAUUUUCAGAGAAGUUGUACUUUGAAUGGAAACCUGAUACAGAUGUUCUCUGCCAUAUUAUUAAAAUGAAUUCAUGGUAAUGGCAAACUCAACAUUUGAAAAACCGGCAAACAAAAUACAUUGUAAAUACUAAUCUGCAAGAAAUACUACUAUUUCAGAUGGUUUUUGCUUUGUGACAGUUUGUGAUGCUUUCCUAUAAUAAAAGGGAGGGAAUGGUCUUAGAUAGUCACAAUGAUGAGCUGGAACUUGAAGAUUGUUCAGAUCUAGUUGUACUUGCCUAUAAAAUAAACCUUCCCCUUUCAAGUGAAGCCUUGGGACCGUUACCUAAAUGUUGAGCCCACUCUUCUGAGAGAAGCUACUCACAUCAAAUACCUCCUACAUUGAAGCAGGAGGCUUUUUGAACCAUACUGUCCUCAUAUAUUAAAAUAGUCGUCUGGAGGCAUAUUGCUGAACUUAACAGGAAAUACAACUAGUCAUUGGGUUAAACGUAGUGCUAAAAGGAAUUUUCUAAAGUGAGGAAAUAUCUUUAGUUAGCUAGAUAUUUCAAUAUACUCCUAUUGUCUACUCUCACACAUUCCAUGUUCUAUGAAUUUUCCCUUCUUGCUUUCACAAUAUUUUUUAAAAAAUAAUUUGGUUUAAACAUUUUAUGUAAUCUAUAAUUCUACUGGCAUGCAAUCUUGUCUUUUCAUGAUUCUAUACUAGUCGAUGUAUUUUAUCUUUGGCUUUAUUGGGCAUGGUGUAUAUUAACAGUUGGUUAAGGCGGGAGGUGCCCAAUCUCUAGUAGCCUUUCCUAAAUAUUAAAGCCUUUUUUUUUUUUGUAAGGAAAAGUGUUUAUCAUACUUUAACUUUAACAUAAGUAUCCUCCCUUAUCGGUCUCUAUUUCUGCUUCCUGUGCAGCUGAAACUCUUCAGGAUAAGUGAAGUCAUCAGCUAUCGGCUAGGGUAGCCUAAUGCAUUUGGGAAGUUGGUUUGGUUUACAUGUUAAUGACCUGGAUGAAGUCCAGUAAGGUGUGGAAAAGAUAGAGUGGGGGGAGGGGGGAACUCCGAGGAAGCUGCUUCCUCGGUAAAUAUUUCCAAACUGAUUAGAAAGUUCAUGGCCCCGCGAUGAAGUCGAGAUCUCAAAUACUGCAGGAACGAAUGCAGGAAUUUGGGAACUGAGCUGUGCAAGUGCUGAAGAAGGAGAUUUGUUUGGAGGAAACAGGAAAGAGAAAGAAAAGGAAGGAAAAAAUACAUAAUUUCAGGGACGAGAGAGAGAAGAAAAACGGGGACUAUGGGGAGAAAAAAGAUUCAGAUUACGAGGAUUAUGGAUGAACGUAACAGACAGGUGACAUUUACAAAGAGGAAAUUUGGGUUGAUGAAGAAGGCUUACGAGCUGAGCGUGCUGUGUGACUGUGAGAUUGCACUGAUCAUCUUCAACAGCACCAACAAGCUGUUCCAGUAUGCCAGCACCGACAUGGACAAAGUGCUUCUCAAGUACACGGAGUACAAUGAGCCGCAUGAGAGCCGGACAAACUCAGACAUCGUGGAGACGUUGAGAAAGAAGGGCCUUAAUGGCUGUGACAGCCCAGACCCCGAUGCAGACGAUUCCGUAGGUCACAGCCCUGAGUCUGAGGACAAGUACAGGAAAAUUAACGAAGAUAUUGAUCUAAUGAUCAGCAGGCAAAGAUUGUGUGCUGUUCCACCUCCCAACUUCGAGAUGCCAGUCUCCAUCCCAGUGUCCAGCCACAACAGUUUGGUGUACAGCAACCCUGUCAGCUCACUGGGAAACCCCAACCUUUUGCCACUGGCUCACCCUUCUCUGCAGAGGAAUAGUAUGUCUCCUGGUGUAACACAUCGACCUCCAAGUGCAGGUAACACAGGUGGUCUGAUGGGUGGAGACCUCACAUCUGGUGCAGGCACCAGUGCAGGGAACGGGUAUGGCAAUCCCCGAAACUCACCAGGUCUGCUGGUCUCACCUGGUAACUUGAACAAGAAUAUGCAAGCAAAAUCUCCUCCCCCAAUGAAUUUAGGAAUGAAUAACCGUAAACCAGAUCUCCGAGUUCUUAUUCCACCUGGCAGCAAGAAUACGAUGCCAUCAGUGAAUCAAAGGAUAAAUAACUCCCAGUCGGCUCAGUCAUUGGCUACCCCAGUGGUUUCCGUAGCAACUCCUACUUUACCAGGACAAGGAAUGGGAGGAUAUCCAUCAGCCAUUUCAACAACAUAUGGUACCGAGUACUCUCUGAGUAGUGCAGACCUGUCAUCUCUGUCUGGGUUUAACACCGCCAGCGCUCUUCACCUUGGUUCAGUAACUGGCUGGCAACAGCAACACCUACAUAACAUGCCACCAUCUGCCCUCAGUCAAUUGGGAGACCGUACCACCACCCCUUCGAGAUACCCACAACACACGCGCCACGAGGCGGGGAGAUCUCCUGUUGACAGCUUGAGCAGCUGUAGCAGUUCGUACGACGGGAGCGACCGAGAGGAUCACCGGAACGAAUUCCACUCCCCCAUUGGACUCACCAGACCUUCGCCGGACGAAAGGGAAAGUCCCUCAGUCAAGCGCAUGCGACUUUCUGAAGGAUGGGCAACAUGAUCAGAUUAUUACUUACUAGUUUUUUUUUUUCUUGCAGUGUGUGUGUGUGCUAUACCUUAAUGGGGAAGGGGGGUCGAUAUGCAUUAUAUGUGCCGUGUGUGGAAAAAAAAAAAGUCAGGUACUCUGUUUUGUAAAAGUACUUUUAAAUUGCCUCAGUGAUACAGUAUAAAGAUAAACAGAAAUGCUGAGAUAAGCUUAGCACUUGAGUUGUACAACAGAACACUUGUACAAAAUAGAUUUUAAGGCUAACUUCUUUUCACUGUUGUGCUCCUUUGCAAAAUGUAUGUUACAAUAGAUAGUGUCAUGUUGCAGGUUCAACGUUAUUUACAUGUAAAUAGACAAAAGGAAACAUUUGCCAAAAGCGGCAGAUCUUUACUGAAAGAGAGAGCAGCUGUUAUGCAACAUAUAGAAAAAUGUAUAGAUGCUUGGACAGACCCGGUAAUGGGUGGCCAUUGGUAAAUGUUAGGAACACACCAGGUCACCUGACAUCCCAAGAAUGCUCACAAACCUGCAGGCAUAUCAUUGGCGUAUGGCACUCAUUAAAAAGGAUCAAAGACCAUUAAAAGAGGACCAUACCUACUAAAAAAAAUGUGGAGUUGGAGGGCUAACGUAUUUAAUUAAAUAAAUAAAUAAAUCUGGGUCUGCAUCUCUUAUUAAAUAAAAAUAUAAAAAUAUGUACAUUACAUUUUGCUUAUUUUCAUAUAAAAGGUAAGACAGAGUUUGCAAAGCAUUUGUGGCUUUUUGUAGUUUACUUAAGCCAAAAUGUGUUUUUUUCCCCUUGAUAGCUUCGCUAAUAUUUUAAACAGUCCUGUAAAAAACCAAAAAGGACUUUUUGUAUAGAAAGCACUACCCUAAGCCAUGAAGAACUCCAUGCUUUGCUAACCAAGAUAACUGUUUUCUCUUUGUAGAAGUUUUGUUUUUGAAAUGUGUAUUUCUAAUUAUAUAAAAUAUUAAGAAUCUUUUAAAAAAAAUCUGUGAAAUUAACAUGCUUGUGUAUAGCUUUCUAAUAUAUAUAAUAUUAUGGUAAUAGCAGAAGUUUUGUUAUCUUAAUAGCGGGAGGGGGGUAUAUUUGUGCAGUUGCACAUUUGAGUAACUAUUUUCUUUCUGUUUUCUUUUACUCUGCAUACAUUUUAUAAGUUUAAGGUCAGCUGUCAAAAGGAUAACCUGUGGGGUUAGAACAUAUCACAUUGCAACAUCCUAAAUUGUUUUUAAUACAUUAGCAAUCUAUUGGGUCAACUGACAUCCAUUGUAUAUACUAGUUUCUUUCAUGCUAUUUUUAUUUUGUUUUUUGCAUUUUUAUCAAAUGCAGGGCCCCUUUCUGAUCUCACCAUUUCACCAUGCAUCUUGGAAUUCAGUAAGUGCAUAUCCUAACUUGCCCAUAUUCUAAAUCAUCUGGUUGGUUUUCAGCCUAGAAUUUGAUAUGCUUUUUAGAAAUAUGCCCAGAAUAGAAAAGCUAUGUUGGGGCACAUGUCCUGCAAAUAUGGCCCUAGAAACAAGUGAUAUGGAAUUUACUUGGUGAAUAAGUUAUAAAUUCCCACAGAAGAAAAAUGUGAAAGACUGGGUGCUAGACAAGAAGGAAGCAGGUAAAGGGAUAGUUGCUUUGUCAUCCGUUUUUAAUUAUUUUAACUGACCCUUGACAAUCUUGUCAGCAAUAUAGGACUGUUGAACAAUCCCGGUGUGUCAGGACCCCCAAAUGUCACUUCUGCAUAAAGCAUGUAUGUCAUCUAUUUUUUCUUCAAUAAAGAGAUUUAAUAGCCAUUUCAAGAAAUCCCAUAAAGAACCUCUCUAUGUCCCUUUUUUUAAUUUAAAAUGACUCUUGUCUAAUAUUCGUCUAUAAGGGAUUAAUUUUCAGACCCUUUAAUAAGUGAGUGCCAUAAGAAAGUCAAUAUAUAUUGUUUAAAAGAUAUUUCAGUCUAGGAAAGAUUUUCCUUCUCUUGGAAUGUGAAGAUCUGUCGAUUCAUCUCCAAUCAUAUGCAUUGACAUACACAGCAAAGAAGAUAUAGGCAGUAAUAUCAACACUGCUAUAUCAUGUGUAGGACAUUUCUUAUCCAUUUUUUCUCUUUUACUUGCAUAGUUGCUAUGUGUUUCUCAUUGUAAAAGGCUGCCGCUGGGUGGCAGAAGCCAAGAGACCUUAUUAACUAGGCUAUAUUUUUCUUAACUUGAUCUGAAAUCCACAAUUAGACCACAAUGCACCUUUGAUUGUAUCCAUAAAGGAUGCUAGCCUGCCUUGUACUAAUGUUUUAUAUACUAAAAAAAAAAAAAUCUAUCAACCAUUUCAUAUAUAUCCCACUACUCAAGGUAUCCAUGGAACAUGAAAGAAUAACAUUUAUGCAGAGGAAAAACAAAAACAUCCCUGAAAAUAUACACACUCAUACACACACAUGCACAGGGGAAAAAAAUAAGAAAAUCAUUUUCCUCACCAUAGACUUGAUCCCAUCCUUACAACCCAUCCUUCUAACUUGAUGUGUAUAAAAUAUGCAAACAUGUCACAAAUGUUCUUUGUCAUUUCAAAAUACUUUAGUAUAUCAAUAUCAGUAGAUACCAGUGGGUGGGAAACGGUCAUUACAUGAAAAUAUGAAGAAAUAGCCAUAUUAGUUUUUUUACCUGCAAUUUGCCUCAGCAACAAAGAAAAAGUGAAUUUUUAAUGCUGAAGAUAAAGUAAGCUAAAGUACCAGCAGAAGCCUUGGCUAUUUAUAGCAGUUCUGACAAUAGUUUUAUAAGAACAUGAAGAGAACAGAAUCACUUGAAAAUGGAUGCCAGUCAUCUCUUGUUCCCACUACUGAAUUCUUAUAAAGUGGUGGCAAGAUAGCGAAGGGAUAAUCUGAGAAUUUUUUAAAGAUGAUUUAAUGAGAAGAAGCACAAUUUUGAUUGUGAUGAGUCACUUUCUGUAAACAAUCUUGGUCUAUCUUUACCCUUAUACCUUAUCUGUAAUUUACCAUUUAUUGUAUUUGCAAAGCUAGUAUGGUUUUUAAUCACAGUAAAUCCUUUGUAUUCCAGACUUUAGGGCAGAGCCCUGAGGGAGUAUUAUUUUACAUAACGCGUCCUAGAGUAACAUUUUAGGCAACAUUCUUCAUUGCAAGUAAAAGAACCAUAAGUGGCAUUUUACACGGCUGCGAGUAUUGUUAUAUCUAAUCCUAUUUUAAAAGAUUUUUGGUAAUAUGAAGCUUGAAUACUGGUAACAGUGAUGCAAUAUACACAAGCUGCACAACCUGUAUAUUGUAUGCAUUGCUGCGUGGAGGCUGUUUAUUUCAACCUUUUUAAAAAUUGUGUUUUUUAGUAAAAUGGCUUAUUUUUUCCCAAAGGUGGAAUUUAGCAUUUUGUAAUGAUGAAUAUAAAAAUACCUGUCAUCCCCAGAUCAUUUAAAAGUUAACUAAAGUGAGAAUGAAAAAACAAAAUUCCAAGACACUUUUUAAAAGAAUGUCUGCCCUCACACACUUUUAUGUAUUUGUUUUUCUUACAUACCCAUCUUUUAACUUAGAGAUAGCAUUUUUUGCCCUCUUUAUUUUGUUGUUUGUUUCUCCAGAGAGUAAAUGCUUUGUAGUUCUUCCUUUAAAAAACAUUUUUUUAAAGAAGAAGCCACUUGAACCCUCAAUAAAGGCUGUUGCCUAAGCAUGGCAUACUUCAUCUGUUCUCAUUUGUGCCAUCUGCCGUGAUGUCGUCACUUUUAUGGCGUUAAUUUCCUGCCACUACAGAUCUUUUGAAGAUUGCUGGAAUACUGGUGUCUGUUAGAAUGCUUCAGACUACAGAUGUAAUUAAAGGCUUUUCUUAAUAUGUUUUAACCAAAGAUGUGGAGCAAUCCAAGCCACAUAUCUUCUACAUCAAAUUUUUCCAUUUUGGUUAUUUUCAUAAUCUGGUAUUGCAUUUUGCCUUCCCUGUUCAUACCUCAAAUUGAUUCAUACCUCAGUUUAAUUCAGAGAGGUCAGUUAAGUGACGGAUUCUGUUGUGGUUUGAAUGCAGUACCAGUGUUCUCUUCGAGCAAAGUAGACCUGGGUCACUGUAGGCAUAGGACUUGGAUUGCUUCAGAUGGUUUGCUGUAUCAUUUUUCUUCUUUUUCUUUUCCUGGGGACUUGUUUCCAUUAAAUGAGAGUAAUUAAAAUCGCUUGUAAAUGAGGGCAUACAAGCAUUUGCAACAAAUAUUCAAAUAGAGGCUCACAGCGGCAUAAGCUGGACUUUGUCGCCACUAGAUGACAAGAUGUUAUAACUAAGUUAAACCACAUCUGUGUAUCUCAAGGGACUUAAUUCAGCUGUCUGUAGUGAAUAAAAGUGGGAAAUUUUCAAAAGUUUCUCCUGCUGGAAAUAAGGUAUAAUUUGUAUUUUGCAGACAAUUCAGUAAAGUUACUGGCUUUCUUAGUGA